AUGGCGGACAGCGGGCCCUCGGCACUGGAGAUCGGGGAGGCCGAUGCCAACUGGGCGCUUAUCAGAGACAAGGUGGUCGAGGAGCGCUUUGGCCCUGUCGCGGUGCCCGUGCCCUUCCUGGAGGACGCGGCGGCCUACGACCUGCUGAGCGUGCUGGUGAGGAAGCCGGGCCGGGCGCGGCGGCUGCUGGGGCGGGCCCGGCCCCUGGUGCCGGUGGGGGCGCUGGCGCAGCUGGUGCAGCAGGGGCUGGAGCCGGGGGCGCUGGCGUGCUGCACGCGGGAAUACAGGGCGCGGGGCGAGGCGCACUACGAGGAGACGCGGCUGGUGGCGGGCGCCCCCUGCCACAUCCAGCUGCAGCUGGCCAGCGUGCACAAGAAGGUGGCCUUCCUGGCCCUGCGCCCCGGCCAGCUGGCGCUGCGCCCCGACCUGCCCUGGCUCCGCGGCCUGCGCAGCCUCUACCUCCUGCAUGAGGUCUUCUACUGCGGCGGGCUGGCGCUGGCCGUCAGGCGGGGGCAAUGCCAGCGCACCCUGCGCCUGCCGGGGCCCCGGCCCCUCGCUUUCUGCUGCCUCAAGUUCGCCCUCGGCCCCCGCGGCCUCCUUGGCCCCCAGAAACCCCUGGGGCCUGCGCUGCCCGCCCGGGCCGCCUGGCUCAAGCUGCCCGUGCCGGAGCCCCCGGCCCCUCCCGCCGAGAGCAAGAGCAGCCCCGAGGGCCAGAGCCCCUUCUGCAGGGCCGCCAGGACAGGGAAGUGGCCGUUCGCCAGGCGCCGCGCCCAGCCAGCUGCCCCCCGGCGUGGGGACCCCGACCGGCAUGCCAUGUCCCUGCCCCUGCUGCCGAGCACCGAGUCCGACAGCGACGGCUGA